CUGGAAAAUGUUAAUAUGCUUGUACAAAAAGGUGGCUUGGUGGGCUAUGGCCAAAUAGUAUCGUCUGCAUGUGAAAGUUUAGUAACUGCCUACAGUAAUUUCUAUGUUGAAAAUUAUGAAACUUAUGCUGGAAAUUUUUUUCUGUUCAAAUUGAAAAUCAGAUAUCCUGCAAGUACUUACUUCACAUGA